CUUUACGACUUUACGAUUUCGUCGCGUACAGGCGGUGCGCGUGCCUGCGUGGAGGCGAGGCGAAGUCAUCGGAGAAUCGCGGCGCACGCAGGACGUCCCCGUCGACUGGACGUUGUACAUCAUCGUUGUCGCGAGUGUAGUUUUUACCUCACACAUAGAGACGUAGAACGCGAGUGAAUUAUUGAGAGAAGAGAAAAGAAAAAGGGGGAAAAAAAACGGAAGAACCGGGAGAGGGAGAGAGAGUGUGCAUCGCAACGCGUGUGAAAUGGAUGGUACGCCAAAGAAAAGCGAAGCAGUGCUAAUAUAUGGAUGCCCAUGGGUGGAACUUGGCCGAAAUGUGCCAGCGCUACCAUCACGCUAUACCGGCGGCAGCGGCGACGCAGAAUUCCUCGCCAGCUAGGGAUCCUUCGGCUGCCAUCGCGCAAGGCUUGUCAACCGCCGCUCUCAUCGAUCAAGCCAGCCCGUCUUAUUCGCACUACACAAUGCUGGACAAUUAUGACAGGGGUGAGGUGACACCACCACCGGCGGUGAGCGGUUAUGGCGGCUCCCCCGGCCUCCUGGCGCUUCAUUCGUCGCUUUACGCAACUCCCACGUCGAGAGCCUACGACAUCGACUCCGGUAUCGACGGCAACGACAGCUCGAUGCCCAUCGACACCCAAAUCAUCUCGAUACCGAGUAUGCUGUCCGGCCCGGCGCAGCAGCGGCUCGAGGAUAUGCCGUGGUUGGCCUCCGGCCCGUCGCUCGAGUACCAACCAGGUAUCUCGCCGAUUCCCGCAGGAGUGAAGAUGUGCCAUCCCGGCGGCGGCACCGCCCAGAGGAGCCUCAAGGAACAACGGAUACGUCGCCCGAUGAACGCGUUCAUGGUCUGGGCAAAGGUCGAGCGCAAGAAAUUGGCCGAUGAGAAUCCCGAUCUCCACAAUGCCGAUCUCAGCAAAAUGCUCG